AUGUUCAAGCUCGUAGUGCUCAUCGCAUCCUUGGCUUAUGCCAGCGCCGGAUACGCCGGAGUGGAGCAAUCCGUAUCGUACGCCGGCCCAGCGGCUGCCCACUACUCGUCUGCUCCAGCCGUGAGCUACAGCACCUUGACUCGCCAUCAUUCGCCUUCUUUGGCGUAUGCCGCUCCAGCUCAUCAUGGAUACGCCCACGCUGCUCCCGUCCUGGCUGCCCCCAGUCACGCAUACACCACCGCUCAACUCACCAACACCUACGCCGCUCCAGCUCUCUCCUAUGGACACAGCUACGACAACUACGGAUAUUCUGCUUAUGCUGCCCCACUGGCUGCCAAGACCAUCGCCUUAGCCCAGCCCCAGCUCUACCACCAAAACACCUAUGCCACUCAAGCCGUUGCUGCUCCAGUCCUGGCUAGCCGUGGCUACAACUAUGCUCCAGCUGGUGCAGGAGCUCAACUCCUAGGAUAUAACAACCACCACGGCCAUUACGCUUACUAAGGCCACCCAAGUCAGAUUGUUAGAGUACUAUAUGCACCUGUUGAUAUGGUCUGUUGAAUUGAAUUACAUUUUAUAUCCAAUAUACCCAA